GGUUGCUUAAUCGUUUGGUUGUGUCUCAAGCGACCAAUCUCUAUGGCAACGGCCAUUCACAAGUUUCUAUUUUGAAGCCCCCAACAAUUGUUUGUUACAAUUUUUGUGACGGGCAGUGAAAAAGUCUUGCAUUGAAUUUUGUGGCUUUUGGUUUUUUAUUUUGAAAAGCAGCCACGUGGAACCGUAUUGAAAACUUUACAAUGGCUCAGAUGGCAGAGCGGGUAAACGAAAAUGAGAAAACUGUGACGUAUGCAUGGCAGAUGAAGGCAAUGGAUGCGAAUCGCUAUGCGACAAAGAAAACAAUUGCGCAGGGUAUGCUGGAUAUAGCGCUGCUAACGGCAAAUGCGUCCCAGCUGAAAUAUAUACUACAAGUUGGCGAACAGCAUCAGUUCUACAAGCUGAUGCUGAUUUUAAUUAGCUUGUCGAUAGUGAUGCAGCUAUUGGUCGGAAUUCUGUUUGUGGCCAUCGGCAGUCUGAAUAUUAACAAGCAGCAAGACCAGACGGCAGCAAUAAUAUUGAACGAUAUCAUUUUGGUGGUCAUCUUUGUAAUAUCGGUGAUGAAUGUUAUAAUUUCCGGUUUCGGCAUCGAGUAUUCGUCCCAACCGCUUAGACUCAUCGAUCAGCACGCUAAAGUACCAUAAAAAUAGAUAUAAAAAUCUAUGCAUUAUUGACAAAUAGAUUUAACAAUUAAAUAGUAUUAAAAGUAAUGAUGAUUUAUCUAUUGUAAGAUUUGUAAUAUUAAUAAAAAACUUG